UUCAAAAAUUUGAAUUGAACUCGUCUCCACCUUUCUCACAUCAUGGAUGGCGUAUCUUUAAAGAAUAAAAGAUGGGAAAGGAAAACAUCCAUUCUUUAUCUGUUCCUUUAUCUCGCUCUUUCUCUGUCUCUGAGAAAUGCCAAGCUUAAUCGUUAAACUUUAUAGCGUUUUCUUCAAAUAUCAUCAAAAAACUCUUCUACAUAACCUAUCACAACCUUCUGCCGCCAAUAACACAAACCCAUUUGGCAUAACUUCGCGGCCACAUGAAUCCAUCGCCGCCAGUAACCCGUUGUUCAAUGACGGCGUCGCAACUAAAGAUAUCCACAUCGAUCCCUUUUCUUCUUUGUCUCUCCGUAUCUUCCUUCCUGAAACGGUUAUUUCUUCCUCUGCUGCCCGUAAUCGCGAUUUACCCACUUACGGCGGUUAUUCGCCGUCGUUUGGGGAGUUCAAUCGGAAGUUACCGGUGAUGCUGCAGUUUCACGGUGGUGGGUUUGUGAGUGGGAGCAAUGAAUCGGUGUCAAACGAUGCGUUUUGUAGGAGACUAGCGAAAUUGUGUGACGUGAUUGUUGUUGCGGUUGGAUAUAGAUUGGCACCGGAGAGUAAGUACCCCGCUGCCUUUGAAGAUGGGGUUAAGGUUUUGAAUUGGUUAGCAAAACAAGCUAAUUUGGCUGACUGUAGAAGAUUGGGUGUUCAAAACCGUAUGUAUGAUAGCUUUGGUGCUUCAAUGCUUGAGCCUUGGCUGGCUGCCCAUGGAGACCCUUCAAGAUGUGUAUUACUUGGAGCAAGCUCUGGUGCAAAUAUAGCCGAUUAUGUGGCACAGAAGGCCAUAGAGGCAGGGAAGUUGUUGGAUCCUGUUAAGGUUGUUGCUCAAGUUCUGAUGUACCCUUUCUUCAUUGGAAGCACUCCUACUCGUUCAGAAAUUAAACUAGCAAACUCAUACUUCUAUGAUAAAGGAAUGAGCAAACUGGCAUGGAAACUUUUCCUACCUGAAGAACAAUUCAACCUGAAUCAUCCAGCUGCAAAUCCUCUUCACCCAGGCAGACAGCUACCGCUUAAAUACAUGCCCCCAACGCUAAUAGUUGUGGCAGAACAUGACUUUAUGAGAGACCGGGCUGUUGUUUACUCGGAGGAACUGCGUAAAGUUAAUGUGGAUGCUCCCCUUCUUGAUUAUAAGGAUGCAGUGCACGAGUUUGCAACAUAUGAUGUGCUUCUUCAAACAAAUGAGGCUAAAGCAUGUGCAGAGGAUAUCUCUAUAUGGGUCAAGAAGUAUGUAUCUCUUAGAGGUCUUGAGUUUUCUUAUUGAAUAGAGCAGGAAAGAAAAAGGAAGAAACUGAUUACAAAGGGGAAGGAAUUGUCUUAUUGACUGUUUUUCCCAUGAGUUGUCAUUUAGGUGAGUUUUUUUUUUUUUUUAACUUCUUUUUAUUGUAUAGUUUAUAGUUUUUGUUGGAGAUUUGGAUUUCUUUGAAAGAAUUGUCAAAUGUUUCUUGUAUAGCAUAUUCAAAUAUAUCAGAAAAACAUUCUUUGAUCUGUUCCUUCA